CCUGCACAGCCUCGUCAUGAGCUACCAGAACUCCUCCGACCCCCAGGUCCUUUGCAGCUCCGAGCAGCUGUUCCUGCAGCCCCUGUGGGACCACCUGAGGAGCUGGGAGGCCCUCAUACAGUCGCCCUUCUUCCCGGUCAUCUUCUCCAUCACCACAUACGUGGCCUUUUGCCUGCCCUUCGUGGUCCUGGACAUCCUGUGCUCCUGGGUGCCCGCCCUGCGGCGCUACAAGAUCCACCCCGACUUCUCGCCGUCCGCGAGGCAGCUGCUACCCUGCCUGGGGCAGACCCUCUACCAGCAUGUGAUGUUUGUGUUCCCCGUGACGCUGCUGCAUUGGGCCAGCAGGCCAGCCCUCCUGCCCCACGAAGCCCCCGAGCUGCUCCUGCUGCUGCACCACAUCGUGUUCUGCCUGCUACUCUUCGACACGGAGUUCUUCGUGUGGCACCUGCUGCACCACAAGGUGCCCUGGCUGUACCGCACCUUCCACAAGGUGCACCACCAGAACCCGUCCUCGUUCGCGCUGGCCACGCAGUAUAUGAGCGUCUGGGAACUGUUUUCUUUGGGCUUCUUCGACAUGAUGAACGUCACGCUGCUCGGGUGCCAUCCGCUCACCUCCCUGACCUUCCACGUGGUCAACAUCUGGCUGUCCGUGGAGGACCACUCCGGCUACAACUUCCCUUGGUCCACUCACAGACUGGUGCCGUUCGGGUGGUACGGGGGUGUGGUGCACCACGACCUGCAUCACUCUCACUUUAACUGCAACUUCGCUCCGUACUUUACACACUGGGACAAAAUAUUGGGAACGCUGCGGACUGCAUCUGUCACAGCGCGGUGA